AAAAAGGGAUCUGGGAGAGUGCUGCGGCGGUUCCUGUUCUUACAGUUGCGCGGCCCAGGGACCGCUGUUGCGCGAGGGAAAUGCGGGACGCCCAGGUCGGUGCUUGGCCCAGACUUAUGCCCCUGUUUCCGCAGCCCACACUUGCGCCCGAAGCCCCUUAGCCCGCCCCGGGCUGUGGGCUGCGGGCUGCGGGACUAGCUGCGCCGCGGGUCUUGCUCUGUCGCCCAGGCUGGAGAACAGAGGUAUGAUCACAGCUCACUGCAGCCUUGUCCUCCUGGACUUAGAUGAAGUCUCACUCUAUCACCCAGGCUGGAGUGCAGUGGCGAGAUCUCGGCUCAUCACAACCUUCGCCUUCCGGGUUCAAGCCAUUCUCCUACCUCAGCCUCCUGAGUAGCUGGGAUUACAGGGCCAUUUCUGAGCAGUAGAGGUUUCAAGUAAUCCACUAACAACCAGUUCCAAAUUCUGUGGUCAAAUCCUGUGCUGCUGUUCCAAGUGGUAAUAGAUGCAUAUUAUUUCUUUUAUUUAAAAGAAAUGAAUGUGACUAGUAUUGCAUUAAGAGCUGAAACCUGGCUUUUAGCUACAUGGCAUGUUAAAGUACCUCCGAUGUGGCUGGAAGCUUGUAUUAACUGGAUUCAAGAAGAAAAUAAUAAUGUUAACUUGAGUCAGGCCCAAAUGAAUAAACAAGUGUUUGAGCAGUGGCUCCUUACUGAUCUGAGGGAUUUGGAGCAUCCUCUUUUACCUGAUGGCAUUUUAGAAAUUCCUAAAGGAGAACUAAAUGGAUUUUAUGCUCUGCAGAUCAAUUCCUUGGUUGAUGUAAGUCAGCCUGCAUAUUGCCAGAUACAGAAGUUGAGAGGAAAGAAUACAACAAAUGAUCUAGUUACAGCUGAAACACAAGUAACCCCAAAACCUUGGGAAGCAAAGCCUUCACGAAUGUUGAUGCUGCAGCUAACUGAUGGAAUUGUACAAAUACAGGGAAUGGAAUAUCAGCCUAUUCCAAUUCUUCAUAGUGAUCUUCCUCCAGGUACAAAAAUUUUGAUUUUUGGAAAUAUAUCUUUCCGUCUUGGCGUUCUCUUAUUGAAACCAGAAAAUGUGAAAGUAUUAGGAGGUGAAGUAGAUGCUCUUUUAGAAGAAUAUGCCCAAGAAAAAGUACUUGCAAGAUUAAUAGGGGAACCUGAUCCUGUACUUUCAGUCAUACCAAACAAUUCUAACGAAAACAUUCCCAGAGUUACAGAUGUUCCAGAUCCUGCAUUAGGUCCUUCUGAUGAAGAACUCUUGGCAAGUCUUGAUGAAAAUGAUGAGCUUACAGCAAAUAAUGACACUUCCUCAGAAAGGUGUUUCACCAUGGGUAGUUCCUCAAAUACCAUUCCCACAGGACAGUCAAGUUUUGAGCCAGAAUUUGUUAUUUCUCCAAGACCAAAAGAGGAACCAUCAAACCUAUCUAUGCAUUUCAUGGAUGGGGAAUUAGAUGACUUUUCAUUGGAGGAGGCCUUGCUUUUAGAAGAAACUGUCCAGAAAGAACAGAUGGAAACUAAAGAAUUGCAGCCAUUGACUUUUAACAGAAAUGCCGAUCGAAGUAUAGAGAGAUUUUCACAUAAUCCUAAUACUAUGAAUACUUUUUCUUUGACUUGCAAAAAUGGAAACAAUAAUUGGAGUGAAAAAUAUGUAUCUGAACAAAUGACUAAUGAAGACAAAUCAUUUGAUUGUCCAUCUGUUAGAGACCAAAACAGGAGUAUUUUUUCAGUUGAUCGUAAUGUACCCUUAGCCCAUGAUUUUACAAAUAAAGAUAAGAACUUAGAGACAGAUAAUAAAAUAAAACAAACCAGCAGUUCAGAUGGACAUUCCUUAAAUAGUAAAAUAUUAGAUAGAGAGGUGGUCAACUAUGUACAGAAAAGGAGUUCACAAAUUUCUAAUGAAAAUGAUCGUCAUUUACAGACUUGUUCUUUAAGAUUACCAGAGAAUAGCAUUAAUUUUUCUAUUGCCAUGGAUUUGUAUUCUCCACCCUUUAUCUAUUUGUCUGUUCUACUGGCCAGCAAACCAAAGGAAGUUACAACAGUGAAAGUGAAAGCAUUUAUUGUAACCUUAACUGGAAAUCUCUCAAGUUCUGGUGGCAUUUGGAGUAUAACUGCAAAGGUGUCUGAUGGUACUGCGUAUCUAGAUGUAGACUUCGUGGAUGAAAUACUGACUAGCCUGAUAGGGUUCUCUGUACCAGAAAUGAAACAGUUAAAAAAGGAUCGUCUUCAAUACCAAAAGUUCCUGGAAGGUUUGCAGAAAUGUCAGCGAGAUCUAAUAGAUUUGUGCUGUAUAAUGACUAUUUCAUUUAAUCCUUCCUUGUCUAAAGCAAUGGUACUGGCAUUACAAAAUGUUAAUACGGAACACCUUGAGAAUCUAAAGAAGCGGUUAAAUAAAUAACUUAACUAAAAUAGUAUUAGGAACAAUUAAAAACAACAAGGAAAUAUUUAGAAUUUGUUCACAGUUUUACUUGUGAGACUUUGUGUGAAAAGGAAAGAUGAAAUUACAUAACUUAUUUCAGUUUAAUUUUAAAGUGUUUAAUCAUGUUUGUUAUAUGUGGAGCUUUUUAACAUAAGUUAAUCUUUUUUUUUUUUUUUUUUUUUAAAGACAGGGUCUUGCUUUGUUGCCCGGGCUGGAGUGCAGUGGCAUGAUCAUAGUUAUUGCACUGACCUCCUGAGCUCAAGCAAUCCUCCUGCCUUAGCCUCUUGAGUUGCUGGGACUCUAGGCAUAUACCACCAUGCCCAGCUAAUUUAUUAUAAUUAUUAUUUUGUAGGGACAGAGUUUUGCUCUGUUGCCCAGAUUGGUCUCAAACACCUGGCCUCUCAAUCCUCCUGUCUUGGCCUCCAAAGGUUAAUUUUUUAAAAAGUAACUGUUAGAUGGAGGAAUAUGGUGACCCACUAUUGUUGAGAAAUUUGUUUUCCACUUGUCACAUAAGAUGAAUGCUGAAGUAUCAAUACUGGUGUUCAGUGGUGAGUCAUAUUGUUGAAAGUUAAUAAUUAUAAAGAGGUAAUUUUCCUUCUAAUGUGUUGUCUAUGGCCAUACCAACCGGAACAUGCCUGAGGUUGUCAUAAUAUGUUGAGUACCCAAAAGAUUUGUUUAUAUUGUUAAUCUUAGGAAAAAAUAAAUAAAAUCCAGUUAGAUCAGAACAUCAAACUUUCAGAUGCAAAUUGAUUUACUGGUUUUUAUUUUGCUGAUUAUAAUAUUUGGUAUAUUUAAGGUAAUCUAGUUAAUUAGAUGCUAUUUCAUAGAUUAUAUUGAAUGAUUUAAAACUUUAUUUUCAAGGAUAGUUUAUUUUAAAUGGCAUAUUGAAAACAUCAUUAACAAGAUCCAGUAGGUAGGACAUUUAUUGGAUUAAAAUAAGGCAUUUAUCUAUGUCUUUAGGUGUCGUUGUUCCCUUUCUGAAUUAGCUGUACAUAUAAGCCUUCCUUUGGUUUUAAGUGCUGAUUUUUUUUAUUUUUUAAGAGGGGCUGUUUACCAUUCUUCCACUGUGCUGUUAUAAAGUUGUAUUUGAAAGGUAAUGUCGUUUUUAUUAAUCUUUUGUCUUAAAAUAAAGUGCUUUGAGUUUUAAAACAUUAAACAAAUCCUUAAAUAACAAAA